AUGCCCGCGCUGGUAAUUGCGGCGGGGAUGAUGCGUGAUAGGGAGUUGGGGUCGGAGUUUGGGGUGGCGCCAAGGUGGAUAGGGGCGGUUGGGAUUGAGAAUGGGUUUGAAGAAGGCAGGUCUUGUGAACACUUGGUGUUACAGCACGACCUCAUCAUCCCCAAAGGAUUCACAAAAGAACCUCCUCUCUUUGUCCAUUCCAACCUGCUACAACAUAUGCGGAAGAUCGGUCUUUGUCAAGGGGACAUAAUCACUCAUACUCUUCGGAUGAAGAACGAUAAUGUCUCCUCUCCAUCCCUCAACAACGCCCACUCGCACGUCUACAUGGGUCAAGCACGUGGGAUGUGUAUCGACACGACACCUUCAUUUCAUACAACAUCGAUAUCUGGUGUCGGCAUGGAAGAGCAACCACUAUAA